AUGGUUGGGAGUUUGAGAUAUCUCUGUAACACAAGACCUGACUUGAGUUACAGUGUUGGAGUGGUGAGUAGAUACAUGGAAUGCCCUAGAAUAUCACAUUUGAAUGCUGUCAAACGUAUUCUAAGGUACUUGCAAGGUACACAUUCCUAUGGAAUUCUGCUGAGAAUAGGAGAGGCUGGAGAAGAAGUGCAAAUCACUUCUUACUCAGAUGCAGAUUGGUGUGGUGAUAAGGCAGACAGAAGGAGCACGACUGGGUAUAUUUUCUUCAUGGGAGGAGCUCCCAUUUCCUGGAGUUCAAGAAAAGAACCAGUGGUUGCUUUGUCAUCAUGUGAGGCAGAAUACAUAGCUGCCUGUGAAGCUACUUGUCAAGCAACUUGGCUAGGAUUCUUGUUAGAGGGGUUGAAAGUUGAGCUAGCUGGGAGAGUUAGGCUACUUGUUGACAACAAGUCAGCCAUAGAUCUUACUAAGCAUCCUACAUCUCAUGGCAGGAGCAAACACAUUGAGACCAGGUUCCACUAUAUCAGGGAACAGGUCAGCAGCGGGAGACUAGAGGUGGUAUACUGCAGAUCUGAAGACCAACUAGCAUAUAUACUCACCAAAGCCCUUAAAGGUGAACGCUUUCAGUCACUCAGAAAGCAGAUUGGCAUGGUGCGAGCUGAGAUCAGUGAAGAUCGCACCAGGAGGAGGGUGAAAACCUAG